UGCGUGCUCCAUGUUGCUUCACACCGUUGUGAACUUCCGGCGAAGCAGGCAGUAGGAGCUGCCCCGUAACGGAGGAAGCGUGUGCUUCGACGCCUGGUCCGACUAUCUCGGGCCAAUAUCACCACGCAACCCAGGAAACGUUCAGAAAAUAACGGCACCAUUCCCGCUAUAAUGGCAUACGGCGAUCGCGAUCGUGGUGACAGAAGAGGAGGCGGCGGCUCGCGCGGCGGUGGUCGCUUCGGCGGGCGAGAUGGCGGGGGAGGUGGUGGCAGCAGGUUCAGCAGCGGCGGAAACCGCGAUAGCGGCUUCGGCAGCAACAGUUUCAAGAAUCGGCAGCCCGGCGAACGUCUGCGCAAACCGCGAUGGGACAUGAGCACGUUGCCGCCGUUCAGAAAAGAUUUCUAUCAGCCGCAUCCGAAUGUAAUGGCGCGCAGUGUUCAUGCCGUAGAGGCAUAUCGUUCGAAUAAAGAGAUCACCGUGAAGGGGACUAACGUUCCAGGGCCCAAUAUCUAUUUCGAAGAGGGCGGCUUCCCGGACUACGUUCUCAACGAGAUCCGCCGCCAAGGCUUCGGCGAGCCGACCGCCAUCCAAGCGCAGGGUUGGCCGAUCGCGUUGUCUGGUCGCGACAUGGUCGGCAUCGCGCAGACAGGUUCCGGGAAGACGCUAGCGUACAUCCUGCCCGCGAUCGUGCACAUAAAUCAUCAGCCUAGAUUGAGCAGAAAUGACGGGCCGAUUGCCCUGAUCCUGGCGCCAACCAGAGAACUGGCACAGCAGAUCCAGCAGGUGGCAUCGGACUUCGGCAUGUCGUCGCAAGUACGAAACACAUGCAUCUUCGGUGGCGCGCCGAAGGGGCCGCAGGCGCGCGACCUCGAGCGCGGCGUCGAGAUCUGCAUUGCCACGCCGGGCCGCCUAAUCGACUUCCUCGAGCGCGGCACCACAAAUCUACGUAGAUGUACGUACCUGGUACUGGACGAGGCCGACAGAAUGCUCGACAUGGGCUUCGAGCCGCAAAUUAGGAAAAUUGUAGAGCAAAUACGACCAGACCGCCAGACCCUCAUGUGGUCGGCGACGUGGCCGAAGGAAGUGCGUAAUCUCGCGGAGGAGUUCUUAACGGACUACAUACAGAUCAAUAUUGGCUCCCUGCAACUAGCCGCGAAUCAUAAUAUUUUACAAAUCGUCGAUGUGUGCGAGGAGUACGAAAAGGAGAGUAAACUCAUGAAACUGCUGGAAGAGAUCUCAAACGAGCCGGAAAAUAAAACUAUUAUAUUCGUGGAAACUAAGAGGAAAGUGGAUGAUAUAACGAGAGCUAUUAAUAGAUAUGGAUGGCAAGCGAUUGGCAUUCACGGAGACAAAAGCCAACAAGAAAGAGAUUACGUAUUAAACCAGUUCCGGAAUAGCAGAUCCGCCAUCCUAGUGGCUACCGAUGUCGCGGCGAGAGGUUUAGAUGUCGAGGAUGUCAAAUUUGUGAUAAACUUGGACUAUCCGUCCAACUCUGAGGACUAUGUACACCGUAUCGGGCGUACGGGUCGCUCGCAACGUACAGGAACCGCGUACGCUUUUUUCACGCCCGCCAAUGCACACAAGGCUAAUGACUUGAUCCAAGUCCUGGAAGAGGCUAAGCAAGUUGUCAAUCCAAAAUUGUACGAGCUGUCUAGGAAUCCUGGCGUCUAUAAGAGAGGACGCUACGGUGGACGCAGCGGAGGUGGUGGUGGUCGAGGAUCCGGAGGUCGUGGUGGCUCACGAGGCUCCCGCGGUGGUCGCGAUGCGGGAGACAGAGGAAGAUUCGACCGUUCGUCCGGCGGCGCGAAUGAUCGCACCAGCAAAUGGACCGGAAACGGUACCAGUGGCCUGGGCGGCACUAAUUAUGGCGGCAGCAAAUCGUUCCCGCAGAACAGCUUUGGCGGAGGCACUAUCGGCGGUGGUUCUGGCAACUACAGUCAGAAUAACGGCGGAUACGGCGGAGGCAGUUACAGGCAACAAAACGGCUAUUGACUUCGCAUAAGCGGUCCUAAAUGAAUAUUGUAACAUAGUGAAGAGAAAAGAAAAACCAGGACAUAGUGAAUGAUGAGUGCACUCGAUGCAGCGAGAGAUCUGUCUCGCGCUCGUAUCUCUCUCUCUCUCUCGUGUCUCUUUCGUUGUAAUCAGCCGAGCCGAGACGAGUUCUGAAUCAUCCAAAGUCCGAAUUGUACUUUACGUUCAAGCUUACGUACAUACGUCUCACCGAGGAAAAAAAACAUUCGCAUCUUUUCCCUUUUUUUUAGUACGCAUGGAGCAAAUCCUUAGCUAGUGGGAAAAUCCAUCUGUAAUUUACACGUAUUACAUUUAGGAUAGUUCCUUAUCACACUUCUUAGGCAAGAAAAGCGGCUACUGCCGGGCACUGUAGUAUUAUCACAUUGGAAUAGGAUAACAAAUACUAGUUAUAAAAAUAUAAUAAAUUAAAUAAUAAAGUUAAGUAACUAAUGGAGUAGUGUAUGAAGAUAUACGAGACCAGAACAUUCACAAGGAACCAGGAACAUUGCGUAACUAACUCGUGUAAUUUUCUCAUCUACUUUGACCUUUCUUCUUCGACGUUGUGUAUCAUAAUCUCCUACCUUUACAACAUUCUUUUCUCGAUCUCUGUAAUAGUAUAAUUUUAUUUCCGAAGUAAGGGCAAACUUUGCGAAGUAUAUUUCGUUUGAAACGAACAUAUAUAUUAUUUUAGGGACGUUCCAUGAGCAAGAGGGAAGAAAUGUUGAGAGAAUGCAAUAUAUUCCGAGGCAUUUGAUUUCUUCCAUCUGCUCAUGUGCUUUAUACUCGAAGAGCGCGCUGAAGGUAUUAUUUAUUAGUUGUAGAGCGAGCGUUCUUUUCCGCAGACUCGUAAAUGUGCACGGAAAAACCUAAUGAUGUAUACACCCUGCUACAUUGCAUUAUGCACACGAUGUAUUUUCGCCGAGUUACGUUACUGUCGAGCGUGUGAAUCACGAGUGCCGUCGCGAUAAUCUGUUGAUGCUAGACCUGCCACGGAGCGCCUCCUUAUCGGAAACGACGUCCGAUAUCGCUAGUAGUUCCAGUACGCAUUAUUGAUAAUUAUUAAUCACGCUAUCAUGGCUAGAACGCCUCCUUCAUUCAUUGGUGGAUGAACGUUUAUCGGGAAUCAGGCGAUCCGCGGUCAGAGUAUGCUCCUCGAAAUAAAAACGCCUCUCACUCUCUUCCCCCUUGCAUACUCCGCCAAGGUUUAUCACACAAAACGUGAAAUAAAACGUCAGGUUCAGCAGAUUGUUGUGUCUGCUAAUCGUAAUUCCUUAUUUUGCCGCGAUAAAUAGGCUCUCGAGCCAUGUAUACAUGUAUCAGUGCUACGUGUAUUAGUGGCGAUGUUAUAAGAUAUAUAUAUAUUGAAAUGUGCAAAAUUGUCGGUGUUUCUCUAUUUCGUGUAAUAAUAUUUAACGGUAAAAAUAAUCAAGAAAAAAAUGGUCAUUUUAUUAUAUUUAGAACGUAAUAAUUAUUAUUUGUGAAAUUACUAUACCUGCUACAUGUAUAUAACAUUUCAUCGUUUAUUCAGGAUUUUUCCAGAAUUUUUUUCCUUUUUAGAGUUUUGGCAUGAUGAAGAGAAGUACUUUUCCGUAAUGUUGUCACAUUACUUUUGUGAAAUGUAAAUUUGCUUUAAUAAUGGAACCAUUUUAAUUUUAAAAAAGAUAUUCCGAAAUUACAAGAUAUCAAAAAAUAGAAUUAUAAUUGUUUG